CUUUAUUAUACGCAUAUUGAAAUGGUUGCCUAUAACAUUCCUACAGUUAAUGAUGUUCUUAUUCCUGAAACUCUUUUAAAGAAGAGAAAAACUAUGGUUGCUUCUGAGGCUGCUACUGCUGCUCAAAAGACAGAACUUAGAAAGGCCAAGGUAGCCAAGAGACGUGAAAUCUUUAAGCGUGCCUCCAAAUAUCAAGCUGAAUAUAAGGCUGCUGAACGUAACGAAAUUCGUCUUCGUCGUCAAGCUAAGGCUCAAGGUAAUUAUUAUGUUCCUGCUCAAGAAAGACUUGUUUUCAUUGUUCGUGUUCGAGGUAUCAACAAUAUUGCACCCAAGCCUCGUAAAGUUCUUCAAUUGUUGCGUCUCUUGCAAAUUAAUAAUGGUGUCUUUGUUCGUCUUAAUAAGGCUACCUCUGAAAUGCUCCAAUUGAUCCAACCCUAUGUUGCUUAUGGUUAUCCCAACAUGAAGACCAUCCGUCAAUUGAUUUACAAGCGUGGUUAUGCUAAGGUAAAUAAGCAACGUAUCCCUAUUCAUGAUAAUUCUAUUAUCGAAAAGGCCCUUGGUAAGUACAACAUCAUUUGUGUUGAAGAUCUUAUCCAUGAAAUUGCCACUGUCGGUCCUCAUUUUAAGGAAGCCUCCAACUUCCUUUGGCCCUUCAAGCUCUCUAAUCCCAAUAACAUGUGGAGAGAACGCAAAUUCCUCAACUUUAUUGAAGGUGGUGAUACUGGUAACCGUGAACAAUUUAUUAACAAAUUGGUUCAAUCUAUGCUUUAAAUUAUUUUAUCUGUAAAUAUACUCGCUUUAUUUUUUUUUGUAUGGUAAUAAAAUCAUAUUAUUACUGUAUAAUGUAUAUAUGUUAUUAUUUUUUUUUUUAUAAAUAUCAAUAAAAUAUGAAUGUUAUACAAUUUAAGGAGUG